AUGUGCAAGAACGCUCGAUCCUACAAGAAAUCAGAUAGGUCUAAACGAGCAGCAAAUCUCCUGCAAUCGUUUGUCGAAUGCAUUACCGCCUUUGAUGAUAUUUUCGAGAAAACUUGCUUGUACAAUAAAAAAUCAGACAAGAAAUCGCCGUUGGAUUAUAGCGAGUAUGUCAAAGAGUUGAACUGGACCGAUGUUUGCUCGGUAGUCUGGAGCUUGUCCAGACUGGAUGAGGCCGUAAAUUCCAUACACACUGACAAGGACUCUAAAGUGGAAUGCAUCACUGCCAAGAUUAUUGCCAUGGCGGCCCAAUAUUGUACCGAGUUACAAUCACUUUCCCUUGAACCAAGAGAACUGUCUACUCACGAUUACUUGCAAAGCUGCUUUGCUUCUAUCAAGAGUUUGCCACGGCUUCGACACUUUGUCUGGGGCUCAUCAAUGUCAGAAAACGACGCUCUUUGUCAACUUGCAACAAUAGCACAGAAUUUGGAAUCCAUAACAAUAAACCAUUGCUAUCAAAACGUGGAUUUUAUAUCGGAGAAUAUCGCGCUGCUGGUACGGUCUCAACACAGGCUCAAAUCUUUUACGGUCAAACAUGGAGACUUGGAAAUGUAUGCAAUAUUGGAUUUGCUGCAGGCUCAUGCCAACUCUCUUGAAUCCAUCACAUUUAGUGGAGUGGUACUGAGACAGAAUCGAGAGGUUGAAUCGGUUCAGUUCUCCAAAUUAAAGUGUAUCAAGAUAGAUACAUGUACUCAUAUUUCAAAUAGCAGCUGGGAGCCACUGUUGGCAGCUGAUUUUCCAAUUCUAAGGGAAUUUGUUUGCGAGACACAUGAUUCAAAGGUUCAGGAAUUGACAAAGUUUAUUUAUGGACAUGGUGGUGCUCUAACUACUUUACUGCUCACAGGACAAAGAAUUUCCAAUACUUGUAGCAAAGCCAUAAUAGAGUCAUGCCAUAACCUAACAUUAUUGUCAGUAUCUAUCAAUGCAGAAACUGUAUUUUUUAUUGCUAAAAUAAUUGCCAAUUUACCCAAACUGCACUCUGUCGUGUUAACAAAUAGUGGGUUUUGGUAUGAACAGGCUAUUGACCUACUUUUCAGUGGAUUAUCUAAAUACUGGCUUCCCAAUUUAUACCAAAUGGAAUUGAAAAGCGUGGAUAGUUUUCAGACAAAUUUUUUGGAGAGGUUUCUGUCUAAAUCGAAUCCUCCCCUUAGGUCAUUAAUCAUUAAUAAUCGUGUUGGUGUUACAGAAGAAUGUCUUAAUUUAAUAAUUGAGUAUCUUUACAGUACUCUUGAGAUUUUAAAGGUUGGAUUUAAAAAAGAAUGCAUUAGCGAGAGCUGUAUUCAAAAAGUAAAGAGUGUAAUUAAAACGUUUGAGCUUUAUGAGUAUCACGUCGUUUAG